AUGCUUCGGUUUAUUUCCAGAGUUCUUGCCUUCUUCCGGAGGAGGGUGGACUCGUCGGAGGCCGAGAGGGAGCAGCAUAUGAGGCUCUUGGAAGGUGGCACCAGGUUGAAAACUGUGCACGGAGUUGUGACGAAUAUCUGUAGUGAUUCUGGUUUGAUUGAUGACUUAAUCUACUUCAGUAGUGAUGUCGUGACUGGCGAUGUCCCUCUGAAGGUUGGACAAGAAGUCACUGCCAUUGUGGGAAAAGAUAAAACAUACGGAUUGAAAGCAAUCAAAGUGGAUGCGCUCUGUGACAGUUGCCAUGGCAACGGGCCCCCGGACUCCUAUGCUAGAGUUUCAUUUGGCUGUGUUUCCACUGUCGUGGAAGGUGCUAACUACAUUGAUCACACAACCUACUUCUCUCUAGAUGUCGUUUGUAAAGGUUUCGAGCCUUACCAGGGGGACCGAGUAGAAGUUGAGUUUUGCACCCCGUCGGACACACUGAGCAGAAGAGCCCUGUCGGUGAAGCCUCAGAGACAUAAGCAUGUGCAUGAGGUCUGCAUUACUAGCCUCCAUGGAAGAAAUGGGGUGAUAGAUGAUAGCAUCUUUUUCACCUUGGAAUCUCUGAAGCUGCCUGCUGGAUACACACCUCAAGUAUCCGAUGUUGUUAACGCUGUCGUGGUGGAGAGCAUUCAGUCCUGCUACACUUGGAGGGCAAUUUCUAUGACUCCAGUGAAAAGUACGAUCGAUGACCCAUCGAUAGGCACUUGGUGGAGGCUCUGUGCCGAGGCCUCUCCAACCUCCAACCCCCCACCCCCACCUCCGCCCCACAACCUCUGCCCCAUGAACAUGGCCCUCAGCUGUUUUGCGGUCGGAGGCCGCGUCCCCACGGCGCACGACUGCCGGCUUCUGCACGCCCACGUCCUCACUCAGCCCCGCACAUUCUCCGCUGCCAGCUGCCGCCCACCAGGCUUUACCCCAUCCCGCCGAGGGGGGCCCCCGGGGGACAUCGAGAAGAGCCCUUUCCUUCAGGAGGCCCUGAAGGUGUGA